AUGAAAGUCGGCGUGAUAAUUUUACGCGACACAGUAACCGUGGUUCAAGAUCGACGUCUCGGCAUAAAUACCAACAACGCCGUGAUCGUUACCAACAUGCCAAUUGCUGGUACCACGAAAAUUUUGGCGCGCGCGCGAAGAAAUGCCGACCACCAUGUUCGUAUAAAAAGUCAUUUCCAAACAAACAAGCGGGAAACGGACCCGCUGGACCCAGUAGAGACGUUGGAUGCCAGACAUUUAAAAACUAAUCGUCUCUUUUACAUCCACGACAGAGCGAGCGGCUUAAAAUUUUUAGUUGACACCGGUGCCCAACUAAGUGUCCUGCCUCUCAAAAACUGCAGCAAACAGACUCUGGUUAAGCGUACAUCUUUCAAAUUACAGGCGGCUAAUGGCACUCCGAUCACCACUUACGGCGAUCGAACCCUAACGCUAGACAUCGGCCUUAGACGAGAAUUUACGCGGACUUUUACUAUCGCGGAUGUCGCAAUGCCGAUAUUAGGAGCGGACUUUCUAACCCAUUACAAAUUAUCGGUUGAGUUGGCGUCACAAACUUUAACUGACACUAGCACUAAUCUACAACGUUGCGGUUUCAUUUCCAAGUAUUCGACAAUCGGUCUGACGACUGUUAUACCUACAGCCAAUGGCUACGACGAGAUAAUACGUCAGUACCAAUCGCUACUGUCACCGUCAACACAUAAUGAACCUGUGAAACACCACGCCACUCAGAGUAUUAAGACCACAGGACCUCCAGAUCAUUCUCAACUUCGCAGACUCCAUCCGAGUAAACUAAAAAUAGCUCGUGACGAAUUUGACAACAUGCUCAAACUUGGUAUUAAUGACACCAGUUACAAAUCUUUCUUACUUUUUUUUACUUUUUUCUUCCAUAUUUUCCUGAAACACAUUUAUUCUUUAAUUCUUUCUUUUUUUCUUUCUUGUCCCUGUCUUUCUUUCUUCCUUUCUUUUUCAUUUCUUUCUUUCUUUCUUUCUUUCUUUCUUUCUUUCUUUCUUUCUUUCUUUCUUAUUCUCCUGAGACAUCUUUUUUUCCGUUCUUUCUUUCAAAACAUUUUAUUUCUUUAUUUAUUUCUUCCUAAACUCUUUCUUUCUUUGAAACAUUUUCUUCCUUUCGUUUGA